AUGCGGCUCUCCAACCUCCUCGCCGCUCUAUCGCUCGUUAGCAUCGCAUAUGCUGCCGUCACAAAUAAAGGUCCUAGUAAGCGACCUCCAGGUCAUCAUGGUCCCUGGCCACCAGCGGUAUGCAAUCCGAAAGCAAAGGGGCCUCACCUUGAAGCGCAACAAAAAGCAGCUUUCGUGGAUUAUACGUACCUGUUGACCGUGAAGCACGACAUCCUGACGGCUUACAAUCGAUGGGUUCCAGGCCAGUACAUAAAUCAUAACCCCUUCGCCGAGUCGGGGAGAGAGUUCGCCAUCGCGUUCCUCAAGCCAUAUCAUGACGACCCGAAUUUCAUUACGACGAACGUUACUUCCUUUGCUGGAGGCGGGUAUGGCUUCAUCCAUCUGAAGCUGUUCUUCCCGGAUCAACCCAAUCCCGUAGUGUCCAUGGACUACUUCAGGUUCGAGGGAACGUGUAUCGUUGAGCAUUGGGAUGUUGGAGCGGAGAUUACUGGGGACGAGCCCAAUCCUAUCGCGUAUUUCUGA